AGAGAGAGAAAGAGAAGAUCUCUGAUUCUCUUCUCUCAGAAAGCGUAAAGUUACUACCAGAAGUAGUUCCCGUCGCAGACAGAGUCUUGAAACCGAGGGAGAAUCCCGCCAUGAUUUGGUGCUCUGCAACAAGUAAAAAAGAUCUGCAGUCACCAGAUGGGCGCCAUUAAAAUUUUCUCGCGACCAGGAUUCGCUUUCGAGCUGCAGCACAGUCGCAGUGGCAUCCCUCCUCCAUUCCCUUCCCUUCCUCUGUUUUUCUCUCUGCGAGAAUGUGGCAAAUGAAUGAUUCCUCUUUACUGUCUUCUUCCUCCUCCUCCCUCUAAUUGCAGUAAUCAUCCAGCUGUCCUUAUCUCUCUUUCUCUCUUUGUGCUUCCCCCUCACUGCUCUGUUUCACAAGCUAGGUUCUUGCUCCUCUGCUUCAUAGCUCCUGCCGCCUACCGCAAGAGUUAAUGGCCGCAGAGGAAAGAGAGACAUACAAACAUAUAGGUUGGUAGGGGUCGAAACAGUGGGAUGUGCGAGUUUCAAAGGGAUGCUGAUGGUCUACACGUGUGGACGACCAUGGAGGCCAUGAUUGCCUUUCGCUAAAACCGAGGCAGUCCGCUCCCCUGUUCUGCAGUUCGAUCGGUUGUUUUUUAUGAUAUCUUAAGGGGUAUACGCUGGUUCGAAAUAAUCGCGUCGCGUAAUAUCCCCAUGUUUGGGGAUCGCGUCGCGUAUCUUGCUGCCUUUUCCGGCCGCUUCAUAAAGUGGGAUGGAAAGAAAGUACGCAAGAGGGUGUGACAUUGCAUUUACGUAUUUCUUUCCAUCCCCUGCUGUCGUUGUUGUUGCUUUCCUUCGUAAAGUUUGGAUAAAAUUAAAAUAAUUGAUAAAAUGAACAUCCGCGAUCGAGAUGAGGGCUAUAUAUACGCGGUUUACCUUCUCUGCUUCGAAGGAGGAGGGCUACUUGUUCUACGAGAUGGAGGAGAUAACGGUGGCGAAAUCGAGGUUUCAGAGAGUGUGCGUGUUCUGCGGCAGUAGCCCAGGGAAGCGGAACUCGUACCAGGACGCCGCCGUCGAGCUCGGCAAGGAACUGGUAGCGAGGAAGGUGGAUCUGGUGUACGGCGGAGGCAGCGUGGGCUUGAUGGGUUUGGUCGCCGAAGCUGUUCACUCUGGCGGCGGCCAUGUCAUCGGGAUCAUUCCGAGGACCCUGAUGCGCGCGGAGUUGACCGGAGAGCAGAGGUUCGGCGAAGUGAAAUCGGUGGCGAACAUGCACCAGCGCAAGGCCGAAAUGGCCCGCCACUCCGACGCCUUCAUCGCACUCCCAGGCGGCUACGGGACGCUCGAGGAGCUGCUCGAGACCAUUUCCUUCGCUCAGCUCGGCAUCCACCGCAAGCCCGUCGGCUUGCUCAACGUGGACGGAUACUACAACUCGCUGCUCGCCUUCAUCGACAAGGCCGUCGAGGACGGCUUCAUCCAGCCUUUCCAGCGCCACCUCUUCGUCUCCGCCCCCAACGCCAACGACCUCGUCCAAAAGCUCGAGGAAUCCGUCCCCAUCGACGACGCCGUGGUUUCCGAGCUCAGCUGGGAGCAGGAGCAAAUGGGACUCAACUCCACCCUCCAAGUCGAGAUCGCUCGGUAGCAAGGACGCAUUUUGACGGCCGAUCGUGUUUUGUAGUCGAGGGGGAAAAGCAAAAUCCAAGCCUUCCCCCGCCAUGAACCUGAUUGUCUUCAGCUUUUGCCAUGGCAAAUAUUUAUAUAUAUGUAUGUAUUUAUAUAAUUUGCA